UUAAUAAUUAUUUAGCGAUUUUUGGUUAAGAUAUUUUACACUUUUUUAUGCAGUUAUCACAGAAAUAACAGUUACAUAUAUGACGAUUGCUGGAGCUAUGCAAUUUUCAAAGUCAAAUGGUGUUUUACCUUAUAAAGCUUGGAUUCCAUAUAAUUAUUCAACUCGUAAAAUUUAUUUAACAACAUAUGGACAACAAUUAAUCAGUGUAUGGAUCACUGCAAAUAUUGACAUUGUAUGGCAGAUAAAAUAAAUUCAAUUUUCACAAGUGUAAUAUUUCUCCAGUACUCAGCAAGUUCAAUAAUCAUAUGUACAAGUAUUUAUUUGAUAUCACAAAUGCCAUUAUUUACUGUUGAAUUUGCAGCAUUAGCUAUGUAUUUAAUCUGCAUGCUUAUUCAAAUUUUUUUACUAUGUAUAACUGGUAAUGAAGCAACACUAGAAUGUUCAAGUUUAGCUAGUGAAAUAUACAAAACAAAUUGGCUAGUACUGAGUAAACGUACGAAAAGUUAUCUUAUUUUGAUGAUGAUUCGUACGAGAAAACCCAUUGUCUUUACAAGUGGACAUAUUAUAACACUAUCAUUGGAUUCAUUUAAAAGUCUUUUAAAGAUGUCUUAUUCGGCUUACAAUUUAUUGCAGCAGUCAGCAAAUUAA